AUGUCUAAAGACCUUGGCGAAAAGCGCGCCUCAAACGGCACGAACUUCACUCCGACAGACCGACACGACACUUAUGCUUACAUAACCCCCACCAAGUUGAACCUCUCGGGUAAACACAUCCUCAUCACGGGCGCUUCCAAAGGCGUCGGUCGCGCUACAGCCAUCAGCUACGCAAAAGCAGGUGCAUCCCGUAUAGCCCUCGGCGCACGCUCCUCGCUCUCCGACGUCGUCUCAGAUGUCCAAUCUGCAGCCAAGAAUGCAGGUCAUCCCGAACCACAGGUCCUAGCCCUAGACCUCGACGUCACCAGUAAAGACAGCGUAGAUGCCGCAGUGAAAGACGUAACAGAGAAGUUCGAGGGCAAACUCGAUGUACUUAUCAACAACGCUGGAAGUCUCGCUCCCUUCGCUGGUAUCCCAGACACCGACCCCGAAGCCUGGUGGCGCGACUACGAAGUCAGCGUCAAAGGCCCUUUUCUCAUGACCCGGGCAUUCUGGGCCUUACUCCUCGCCGGUUCGAAAAUCAUCAUAAACAUCACAUCUAUCGGCGCUCUCAUGAUAGUCCCGCAAUCCUCUUCCUAUGGACCAGCGAAACUGGCGUCGCUCCGCUUUACAGAUUUCAUUAACCAGGACCAUGGAGUUGGAGAGGGGAGGGAUGGGAUGGUGGCUAUUGCCGUGCACCCUGGGGGUGUGCAGACAGAACUUGCACUGAACAUGCCUGGACAUAUGCACGGAUGGCUUGUUGAUACACCCGAGUUGGCUGGGGAUACUUUAGUUUGGUUGGGGAGUGAGAGGAGGGAGUGGUUGGGUGGGAGAUAUGUUAGUGCGUGUUGGGAUAUGGAGGAGUUGGAAGAAUUGAGGAAAGAGAUUGUUGAGGGGGAUUUGUUGAAGAUGAGGUUGGCUGUCGAUGCAUAG